AUGAGAUUAAGAAUCUUCCGUCCCAGAGUCCCGGGGCUUCAACUCCUUCGUCCAAGGGUACCUGGUAUCCUUCUGAGGCGUCGUCCCUUCCACGCUCUCGCACGUCCAUCGCUUAGACUUCGCGAACGCGUCGGUAGCGUUCGUCGUUAUCUCCGCCAAGAUCAAGGUCCUAAGCAGCCCCGUGAAGAGGAGGAUAAGUUUUAUGAUGCACCGGAAUUUGCGGAAGGCACGGCGUCUUCUGGAUCGUCGGGCAACUCUCAGGGGGAUCAAAGGGGCUUCUACACUAGACUGCGGGAGCGUCUGAGGAACACCAAGGUUGAAUGGUACCCAAUUCCUGUUGGACUUGGAAUUGCCGUUGUUGCUUUUACACAAUAUCGGAAAAUCAGUGACAGAGAGCAUGAGAGAAUUGCUCACGAGGGCACGGAUGGACACGUUGACAUUCAGGGGCCUGCUGGCGAGCGGGUCAGGUCCACUGGACCUUGGCAGGUGUAUGUACUCAGCACACUCCCAUUGAGGGCAAUCUCACGCCUAUGGGGGCGCUUCAACGAGAUUCAGUUGCCUGUUUGGAUGCGUGUUCCCGGUUUCAAGUUGUACGCGUGGGUUUUUGGCUGCAACCUCAAUGAGGUUGGUGAGGCCGACUUGACUACAUACCGUAACCUGGCCGAGUUCUUCUACCGUGAGCUUAAGCCUGGAGUCCGUCCCAUCGACGCUACUGCUGCGAUUGUUUCCCCCGCAGACGGAAAGAUCCUUCACUUUGGUGCAAUCCAAGGACGUCAGGUUGAGCAGGUCAAGGGCUUGACUUACUCUCUUGACGCUCUUCUUGGUUCUGGUGAGCAUCCAUCUCCUGAGCAAAUCGCUUUCGACGCCAGGGAGAACUCGCACAUCAGCGAUUCCGAUUUCGCGACUGUCAACGGAAUCGAUUACACCGUAGACACUCUCCUGGGUGAGGAAGAUCACCAGAAGGCUGAGGCUGGGAUCACCAAGACCGAUGCUUCCAUGCCUGCUGAGCACGAGCAGGCUGCAGAGCAGAUCGUUGCCCAGGAGGUCGCACGCUGCCACGGUAACGGCGAGAAGGUCAAGGAUGGCAACGCUCUCUUCUUCACUGUCGUCUACUUGGCGCCUGGUGACUACCACCGUUUCCAUUCCCCCACCAACUGGGUUGUUGAACGUCGUCGUCACUUUGCUGGUGAACUCUUCAGUGUCUCGCCUUUCCUUGCCCGUCGUCUGGCCAACCUGUUCGUUUUGAACGAGCGUGUCGUGUUGUUGGGUCGCUGGAAGCAUGGUUUCAUGUCGAUGACCCCUGUCGGUGCGACCAACGUCGGAUCUAUCCGCAUUCACUUUGACCGUGAGCUCAGGACCAACACUUGGAGCAAGGAUAAGCCUGUUGGCGUUGCCUACGCAGAAGCUACUUAUGCGAAUGCCAGCAAGGCACUUCGCGGACAGCCAUGCAGGGUCGGUGAGCAGAUGGGUGGGUUCAACCUGGGAAGUACCGUCGUUCUUGUCUUUGAGGCGCCCGUCGACUUCCAGUUCAAGAUUGAGGCUGGCCAGAAGGUGAAGAUGGGACAGGCUAUUGGUGUUACACCAGAACAUUAG